AGCCCGCACAGCGCCCGUCGGUGCCGGUGCCGGUGCCCGGCCCAUGGAGGGGGCGCGGGGCUGUAACGGGUACGCGCGGCAGGAGCGGCCGCCGCCCCCCGCCCCGGCCGAGAAGCCGCGGGUCCCCCCGGGCGGCGGCGAUGGGUGGCGGGGGGAGCGGCCCCGCAGCGAGGAGGACAACGAGCUGAGCCUGCCCGGGCUGGCGGCCGCCUACACCUCCAUCCUGCGGGCGCUGGGAGAGGACCCGCAGCGGCAGGGGCUGCUCAAGACGCCCUGGAGGGCGGCCACGGCCAUGCAGUUCUUCACCAAGGGAUACCAGGAGACCAUCGCGGAUGUUCUGAAUGACGCCAUCUUUGACGAAGACCACGAUGAGAUGGUCAUUGUGAAGGACAUAGACAUGUUCUCAUUGUGUGAGCAUCACCUCGUUCCAUUUGUUGGAAAGGUACACAUCGGGUAUCUCCCUAACAAACAAGUGCUUGGCCUCAGCAAACUUGCCAGGAUUGUGGAAAUAUACAGCAGAAGAUUACAAGUCCAGGAACGCCUUACCAAGCAAAUUGCAAUCGCCAUCACAGAGGCCUUACAGCCCGCGGGGGUCGGGGUGGUCGUGGAAGCCACGCAUAUGUGUAUGGUAAUGCGUGGGGUACAGAAAAUGAACAGUAAAACAGUAACCAGCACAAUGUUGGGGGUAUUCCGGGAAGAUCCAAAGACCCGUGAAGAAUUCUUGACACUCAUCAGGAGCUGAAACUGUGUUACUCUCUGAAUGCACUCUGGAUUGUUCUGUCCCGUGUCACUGUCUGUUCUUGUUCCUACACCCAACUUCUUAAACUAAAUCGUUGUGAAUUGUUGUCAUAGUCUUUGUGCAGUGAAAGACUCCUGGUGGCAAAUGGAGAAGGUAGUGAUGAAGGGUACUCCUCCUGGAUUUCCAGAGAUGUCACAGAGUUGCAAGCGACAAAAAGGGGUUUGGAAAUGUAUUUCCAUCCAUAAUGCAGAAUAUCCCACUGUCAGGAGAGAAGUGGGGCUUGGUGGUGAAAUGGAUAUUUAUGAAGUAGUUGUGUUUAUUGGAAUAAAUGUGGAGCAGCACAGGAAACAACUGAAAGGCUGUGGAUCCUUGUAGGAUCAGGAUUGUCCUGAAUUAUCUCUAUGUUUUAUUGCAAGCCCUGCAGUGGCUGUUUCAGUACCUGGGUAUGUUUGUUAUACCUCUGAGAUGUUACCUCUGAUGUGUUUUAUAUUCCUGAUAGUAUUAACCUUCCUUUUUUGUGUAUUUUUUUUUGUUGUUUGAGAAAUGUAAACCCCAUUUUUUCUGUCCUCUUAACAUGCAGGGAAUUAACUUCUGAAUUAUUUGGGGCACAGUCUUAUCUCAGUACAAAGGGGUUCAUGCACCUUUUCCUCUGUGCCUCAGAAUGUCUGACCACUUGAACUCUCAGCUUCCUACUGUUUGUAAGGAAACUUCAACAGAGGGGAGGAAAAAAAUUCCCUGCAGAGUCUCUGCAAAGUGCUAAGGUAUCCAAAGAGGUUUUUAAUGAUAUUUGUAUCUUGAGCUUUCCUUCUUGGAUUUCCAUUGGGUUAGACUGAGAAGCUAAAACUUAGUCUGAUAAUCUGAAUGGGAAGAUUUCGAGCAUUCCAAGAUUUACCUCUCAUAAAUGUGGGACCAAAGGUGAGCACAAAAUCCUGAACACAGCACACGGUACCUCCCCUGUCCGCUGCCAGGUCGGGUCAUUCCAGGGCAGAGGAACCUGAAAUGACAACUCAUUUCGUAAGAGCAGCUGAGAAAAGCAUUCCCAGGGCCAUCAGAACGAAUUGAACCUCAUUUUCUCUGCGGAUGGGGCAACCUCUGUGUGGGGUACAAAAAGUUUUCAGAGUCAGCUGGACCCGGCUGAACUUCUAACUUUGUUACCGCUUUAAUGGGCAAUGUUUUGUAACUCUUAAUUGGGAGCAGAUGAGGAGCGAAUGAAAACCACCCUUCUCACCCCAAGCACGGGAGGCAAAGCUUGCAAAACAAAUGCCAGCUGGGGUGUUGGAUGCCCACAGGUUCCCACAGCUCUGCUUGGCUGAGUGUUGAUCCAACAUGUCCUGUACACAAACCUAAAAGGCGGUUCCCGGUCUGGAAAACUCCGUCUUACCGACAUUCCCCUCUCUUGCUCCCACCCCAUGCUGGAAACAAAAUGAAAAUCGUGUCUGGUCAGUUGGGCCUAAAGAACUUUUUCAAGAAGAACAAGCUCAUGUGUUUAAUUUACAGUAAUUUUACCUUGGUGACCUUCACUGGUCGCGUGAAGGAAAAUCUUUUGUGUGGUUGGAAAAAUCUUUUGUAACAUCCUCUGUCCUGGAUUCUGUAGGAUUAGGUGCUGUAACAGUGUUUUGUCUGCUAGUAUAAACAAGCUCUGCUGCACAUUGGUAGAACACACCCACUCUGUGGCAUUUGUUUUCCUGAAAUUGCCACUUUUCAGUUCAUUAUUGUUUCAAAUAUCCAGCUGAAAAGCCUUAAAUCCUUCUUGCCUGAGGUUCAGAGUAAAACUCUCUUUUUAGCUCAACUGGAAGGAGACUUUGAGGACCAAAGGGGCACACACUAGUACAUUUGUUCCUCUUUCCCUGCUUUAGUUUGGAAAUUAAGUCUCUGUGAAACACUCUUGUCCCUGAGGUACCAAAAAAGUUGUGUUUUAACCACUUAUCUCUAUUCAGGAUAAAGUUCAUGUUGCACCACUGCUGUUUUCUUAUUUCCACGUGACCUGUAGUCCUUAAAACAUACCUCUCUCUA